UCAGUCGGUGCUGGGGGCUGUAGCGGGAGCAGAGUGCUAGGACUAUUUCCAUGCAAUGUCUUUGUAGUUACAUGUCUAUUACUAUGUGGAUUGACUGAUUAAUCAUCAAAACUAGCUUAAAAGGCAAAGACUUACUGAAAAAGACGGUUACAUUUUUGCAGGCAUAAUUUCUAAGAAAUGGAUCCCAUAAGGAAGUGGACCCCUAAACAAGUUGUCGAUUGGAUGAGAGGCCUGGACGACAGCCUACAGCAGUAUGUCCCGUACUUUGAGCGGGAGAAGAUUGACGGGGAGCAGCUGUUGAAGAUCUCCCACCAGGACCUCCUAGAGCUGGGGAUGACCAGGAUCGGACACCAGGAACUGGUGCUGGAGGCUGUCGACCUGCUCUGUGCUCUGAACUACGGGGUGGAGACAGACGACCUGAAGACUCUGGUGGGUCGUAUGAGAGCGGCGUCCAACAACCUCCAGAACUCAGCGUCUGAGCGCAGGAAGAACCCGUCGUACGAGAGGCAAAACUCCCACAAACCCCCCAACGACUUCCUCACUGCCGUGGUGGAGCUAAUCGGAGCCGCCAAGAGUCUGCUGGCCUGGCUGGACAGGACUCCUUUGACAGGGAUCAGUGACUUCACCUCCACUAAGAACCGGAUCAUUCAGCUGUGUCUGGAGCUCACCUCCACUGUUCAGAAGGACUGCACAGUUUAUGAGAUGGAGGAGAAGAUACUACAAGUAUCUGUGGCUCUGAACGUAAUCUGUGAGCAGACAAUGAGGAUGACCUCCGACCCUCAGAAGAGUCAGUCGGCCUGUCUGGAGGAGGUCCACAUCACCAACGUCAGACCUGGAGAAGGACUGGGGAUGUAUAUCAAAUCCACCUACGACGGGCUUCACGUCAUCACUGGAACCACAGAACAUUCUCCGGCAGACAGAACACACAGGAUCCAUGCUGGAGACGAGGUCAUCCAGGUCAACAAGCAGACAGUGGUGGGCUGGCAGCUGAAGAACCUGGUGGGUAAGCUGAAGGCGGACACCGCCGGCGUUAGUCUGGUGGUGAAGAAGAGGCCCUCGGGUACCUGUAGCUUCACCCCGGCCCCCCUAAAGAACAUGCGCUGGAGGCCCCCCCUGGUGCAGAGUGCCCCCAGUAUGCCCAAGAUCCAGUCUCCAAAACAUGCCCCCUCUGAAGCCCUCAUGAAGAAAGAGAAGCAGACCAAUCUGGACCUGUUUAUCCCUCCUCCCCCCACUGUCCCAUACACCCCACGGGAUGGGAAGUCUAAAGUGAGUGUGAAGGUCCAACUGAGACCAAAGGGUUCUCAGUCUCCUAACUCCUUCCUGGAUGAGGGUAGACGACGCUUCACCAUCGCAGACUAUGACAACAAGAUCAAAGUCUGUCCUCCCCCUGAGCCCAACAUCCAACCAGCCCCAGUAGCCCGCCUGAGACAACGGACCUCCACAAGGGGUAAACAGCGGCCCCUGUCCAUGCCUGUCGACUCGUGUUUGGGCAUGUCGGAUUCGUCCUCCAGACCCUGGCCUCAAGGGAGGAAAGGAGAGGACAUCCUCCACAGAUACCUGAGUAACGAGCGGAUCGCCACCAUCUCUGAGGAGGCCCCGUACUUUCCCCUACCCUACAGACCCCUGGAGGGGCGGUCUGGCCAGCUGAUCCAUGGCGUCGACCACAUUAGGGGCUCCCAGUGCUUCAUCAAUGCUGACCUGCACAACAGCACCACCAUCCCAUACCGGGAGGCAUCAUCCAAAAAUUCAUCAGCUACGACUGUGAUCCCUGCUGCUGCUACUCCCAAAGAUCCUCCUUCGGAACCCACUUCGAUCCUGGGGGGCUGGCUAGCCCGCCUCAGACUGCUGAGUCAUUGACGAGUGCCUCGACCCAGUGGAACAUGUCGUCGCCCCCCCCACCGUGCCUUUACCUUGCUAUCGUCGAAUAAUGGUCUGGCUACUCUACUCAGUAUUCCGAUUUACAGGUACCAAACCUGGAACAUUCUGUUGGAACUUGGAGCGCUAAGCAGCCUUUGGAAGCUCUGACGGAAGAUCUUGCUUAAUUUCAACACCACAUAAUGUAGUGGUAGACCAUUUGGUUGGAUCUCUUGCUACAUUUGUACUCCUCGGGGUGACACAUUUUUCGUUUAGAUUCAAAAUGCUGACAGAUUCUGACAGUGUUCCAUCUUUUGUGGAGGGAUUAAAGAAAAUGCCAAGUAUAAAGAAGUAUUAUAGAAAACAGUGGAGCUUCUGUUUCUGCUCAUUCUCCUUAUCAUGAGAAGGAUUAUAAUUCAGGUUUAGGAAACGUUUGCCUUGCUUCUGUAGGUGAACUCUCCUAUGUGUAAACUGUUAAGUUAUUUAGUUUGUGUCUGUCUAGAGACUUCUUGUAAAUAUGUUUCGAUCUUUUUCAGAAGUUGAUUUGAUUUCAGUUGGAAGUUGAUAUAGAUACAAUGCCUAUCAUUUUUACUGGAGCUAGUGUGCUUCUCUCUUCAUAGUGUUCCAUGUUAUUAUGCGCUGGAAAUGACUGCCAGAGUUGGCCUUUUUUUAAGCUAUCGUGUGUCCAGUGCUGUAACAAACCGUGUCAGUGUGUGUGUGUGUGUGUGUGUGUGUGUGUGUGUGUGUGUGUGUGUGUGUGUGUGUGUGUGUGUGUGUGUGUGUGUGUGUGUGUGUGUGUGUGUGUGUGUGUGUGUGUGUGUGUGUGUGUGUGUGUGUGUGUGUGUGUGUGUGUGUGUGUGUGAGUGAGUGAGUGAGCGUCAGUGCGUGCAUAUUUUUGCGAAGUUCAGGUAACAUUUUUAAAAAAACGUGUAACUACUUUAUCUCACUAACUGGUCCUCAAUAAAGCUGGGGUGAACAUUGAUGUGUUUCUACACUUACAGGGGGCACUGUUUUGAAGCCACCGCACCUCCAUCUUGGCAUUCCACCUCCUUUGUAAAAAAUAUUUAGGAAGAUAUGGAAAUGCAUUUAUUAAUGUCUACAUGUGGUUUUUACCACAUUUAUUAUAUUACAGACACCUUAACGCAGACGUCUAAAUUAUAUUGUAGGACCUAAACAUAGAAAUAAAACAUUGAAACAUUGUAUUUUUUUAUACUUAAUUAAAUACAGUGCCUUGGUCCUUGAAACCUUUAAUUGCAAUACUGUAGAAUUCCGCCAAUUCCUAUGGAGGACUGUGCCUACUGGGGAGUGCCAAUAUGGCCGAAUGGUGGCUUCAAAGACUCUCAAUAGCCAAUACAUAGAAAACUCAAUCCAGGGUUUGUAUACAUCAUUGGGUGUGACUCACUGUGAAACCAUAACAUGAUGUCAUGACCAGGAAGACAGUGCCUUAGCAAGAGUAACCAUACAUACUAAACAUAUGGAGCUGUGAAGCUUGUCUUAAAGGAGGAAAUCAGUGUGGUAAUUCCAAUAAAUGGGUCUCUUUAAUAUAUUUCUGCACCAUAGGAACAAGUUUUACGCAUAAAUGUCUAGCAACUCACAAGACUUUGCAAGUGCUUUGCAAUAUGAAUACCUCUGUAAUAGUUUCAAAACUAUAAUAAAAACGUGCAAUUCACUUUU